CGGAGCCGGCCGGACUCGGACAGCUCCGUCGCUCCCUGGCUCUGCACAUCCGCGCAUCCCUACUUCCCUCCUCCUCCCGCGGAGCGCAGCAUCCUCUGCAGACCCUUGGUCCUCACACCCCGGGUCGUCCCGCUCCCGCGGCUCGGGGUAAUUGCCGCCCUCUCCCCUGCCACGCCGACAACUUUCUCCCCUGGUGCCUGGGGUUAGGGGGCUGCUUUGCCUGGGAGGGUUUCUCCUAGGGUCACUGGAGAGCAGACCCUGGAGAAAGGCUUGAGAGUCCCAAAGAGACGCCCGCCACUCACAGCCUGCCCCCGGCGGGCCUGCCGUCGGGUCUCCGUACCUUCUCUUCCUUUAUACCCCAACCAUGACCGAAAUGAGCGAGAAGGAGAAUGAACCGGAUGACGCGGCCACCCAUACUCCCCCAGGGACCGUCUCCACCCUCCAAGAAACCAAGCUCCAGCGAUUUAAGCGUUCCCUCUCCCUCAAAACUAUCCUUCGAAGUAAGAGUGUGGAGAACUUCUUCCUCCGCUCAGGCUCUGAGCUGAAGUGCCCAACAGAGGUGCUGCUGACACCACCAACCCCACUGCCUCCUCCUUCUCCACCACCUGCCUCCACAGACAGGGGUCUACCCACCCCGACCCCCUCCCCGUGCCCAGUCCCUCGCCCCUUGGCACCACUCAAACCAGUGAGGCUGCACAGCUUCCAGGAACACGUCUUCAAGAGAGCCAGCCCUUGUGAGCUGUGCCACCAGCUCAUUGUGGGAAACUCCAAGCAGGGCUUGCGGUGUAAGACAUGCAAGGUCAGCGUUCACCUCUGGUGCUCCGAGGAGAUCUCUCACCAGCAAUGCCCGGGCAAGACAUCCACAUCUUUUCGACGCAACUUCAGCUCCCCACUCCUGGUGCACGAGCCGCCACCAGCCUGUGCCAUGAGCAAAGAGUCCCCACCUACCGGGACCAGCGGGAAGGUGGACCCAGUUUAUGAGACCCUGCGCUAUGGCACCUCCCUGGCACUGAUGAACCGGUCUAGCUUCAGCAGCACAUCUGAGUCCCCCACACGGAGCCUGAGUGAGCGUGAUGAGCUAACAGAAGAUGGGGAAGGCAGCAUCCGCAGCUCAGAAGAGGGACCUGGUGACAGUGUAUUCACAGCCCCAGUGGAGAGCGAAGGCUCAGGAGCAGAGGAGAAGAGCCCUGGACAGCAGCCCCCAAAGUUGCCCGUGCGGAAGGACGUGGGGCCCAUGUACUCCUAUGUCGCCCUCUACAAGUUCCUGCCCCAGGAGAACAAUGACCUGGCACUGCAGCCCGGAGAUCGGAUCAUGCUGGUGGAUGACUCUAACGAAGACUGGUGGAAGGGCAAGAUCGGCGACCGGGUUGGCUUCUUCCCGGCCAAUUUUGUGCAGCGGGUGAGGCCGGGAGAGAAUGUUUGGCGAUGCUGUCAGCCCUUCUCUGGAAACAAGGAGCAAGGUUACAUGAGCCUCAAGGAGAACCAGAUUUGCGUGGGCGUGAGCAGAAGCAAGGAUAGUGAUGGCUUCAUCCGCGUCAGCAGUGGCAAGAAGCGGGGUUUGGUGCCAGUCGACUCCUUGGCAGAGAUCUGACAGAAACCGAGAGAACCCAGAUGCUACCCCUGCCCAUGCCUGGCUCUUGCUUCUGGCCUGAGAAGGAAGCGGGCAUCCUGGCCACACCCUUCCUCUCCGCGUCUCUCUCCUAAGCGUCACCCGCCCCCACUUAGGAGCCUUCUGCACUGAGGAAGGUUUUAUUUCUUGGGUGGGGUAUCCUGAAUGGGGUGAUCUUCUGGGGCUUGGGGAAGGGAGUCCAAAGUGGGAAGAAAUGAGGAAGCUACAGUAGGUCCACCCAGAGCCCGAGUACCGCCUAGUC